AUGCGCUCUGCAGAACCUGGCUACACUGGGCAUCAACUUAGACGGAAGGCCUCCGGCGGCUGGCUGACGUGGCUCCUCGACUGCUCCUUGUUCAGCCCGGGCGUCCUCAGCAGGGAGCUGGCGGGGGGGCAGAGCAGAGCGCCUCCCAGCACCGUGGGCACCCUCAUCAGCUGCGCUCCCCGGGGCCCCGUUUGGGUGAUGAGCCAGCCAGCUCUUGAGCUCUACAGGGAGGAGUCCCCCUCAGCAUCUGCCGGGUCUCUCCGGGGCCAAACACAGCUCCCCCCAAAUCCCGCACAGCUCCGUGAAUUGGGUCCCAAUGAGCUGGAACCUCGUGCCUUCGCCUGA